GAACAAAGGAAUCUGUUAUAAAUAUCCAGUAUUAGAAUGGGCCACCUUGUGAGAUAGUGAGUCCUUGUCACUUCUAGUCUUUAAACAGAACUGAUGAUCUGUCGGAUGCUAGGUUCCCGUGAUCAAUGGGAGAAUUGGGGCUGGAAUGUUGGAAGUCCCUUGGGGUCCCCUUGUUUGGCCUCAUUACUGGGAUGGGGAGAAGACCUGGCUGGUGUAGACAGGCCCAAGUGCUGAGGGGAGAAGGGCCAAAGGGGAACUGCAAGGUUAAGGACAAGUUGCGUUUAUAGCCUUUGUCCUACGGUCCCGAACAUGGCCUGCUUUGCAAAGAUGCUGAAAGGCACAACUCCAGAAUCUAGAGAGCCGAGUGCCACUCUGACUCAGACUAGCUUACAGUGAGGCCUUGGCUAAGUCACUUUCCUCUCUGGUUCAGACUUUCUCAUCUGAACAACAAAGGGGUAGGAUUCAGUGAGCUCUCAGGCACCUUCAAGCUAGGGUGGUGUGUGUGGCUGGCCCUGCCUUUCUGAGUAAGUCAGUGAGGCAGUGGCCCUGGGGUGUGGGGGGCCAAAUCACCACAGGCUUCUUUCUGAUCUCUGGCGUGCCCUAGUCCGUGCAGCUACUGUUGACCAGGGAUCUUUUCCAACUUGCCCCAUUUUUGCCCCAAGUGUAAUUUAGCACCAGGUAUGGAGAGCAGCUUGGGCCUGACAUUGACUCUGUGACCUUUGGUAGCUUUCCUUCUCUAAGCCUUUGCUGCUUUACCUGUAAAACCAGAGCCAGAGCUGGACUAGACCACGGGCUUUGCUGGGGUUGACAGCUUCAGACUGUUCCAGGAGUCAGGUCCCUGUUAUUCCAGGGUCAAGGGAGAGCCACACUCUGUGGCUGACCCCCAGGAUGACAAGUGAAAAUGAAGCUUUGAAAUGUACUUAGAACCCCCCAUCUCCCCAGUUCUGCCUCCCAGCGUAUUUCAGGAGCCCCUUAUUGGUGUCACUUUCUUUGUCCUUAAAAACAUCCUCUCAACCCUUUUCCUGUGCAGUGGAUAAGGGACAAGCAAGGAUGAGUUUAGUAGCUCUAGGGUUGGGGUGGUAAGGCCCCGAACAGGGGAGUGUCUUGCCCAAAGUCACGCAGCAGAGAAGAACCCUGGCGGCCACAGCGCAGCCCAGGCUCGAUCCCUCUCUCCGCAGCUGCACAUAAGCUGCCCACUCCACCAGCUCCCAGGCUUUCUUCCACAUCUCACUUCCCCCAGCCCUGGACCUUGGGCCGCAGAAAGCCACAGCAGUCACUCUCCGAGGACCACGCCUCGGAGCAGAGCUGCAUCUCCCAGGUGGGGUUGCUCGGAGGCCUCUGCCGGGGAGGCGGGCCCGUAAGCUGAUCCCCAGGAGGGUGUGGCUCCAGACGCGGCAAAUAAAGAUCCAGAGAGCCGAGCCGUCCGGAGAUCUGAGGAACCCAUUCGGCGAGCCACUCAGUGCCUGGACCUCGGAAGUGGCACACAGUAAAGGACUGGCCUUCCCAGCUGCACACUUCUCUCGAGAUCGCGCUCUACCCGCUGUCGCAGAUCCCCAUGGCAUCCCCCCAAACGCUGCUCCUCUGCCUGCUGGUCUUGGCAGUGAUGGAAGGUUGGGGUCGCCAGGCACCCAUCCCAGGCUGCCACCUGCACCCCUUCAAUGUGACAGUGCGAAGUGACCGCCAAGGCACCUGCCAGGGCUCCCAUGUGGCACAGGCCUGUGUGGGCCACUGUGAGUCCAGCGCCUUCCCUUCCCGGUACUCCGUGCUGGUGGCCAGUGGCUAUCGACAUAACGUGACCUCCGUCUCUCAGUGCUGUACCAUCAGUGGCCUGAGGAAGGUGAAGGUGCAGCUGCAGUGUGGGGGGGACCGGAGGGAGGAGCUGGAGAUCUUCACGGCCAGGACCUGCCAGUGUGACAUGUGUCGCCUCUCACGCUACUAGCCCUUCUUCCUUCACCUUGGUCAGAGGGUCUGAGCUGGAGUAUAUCCUCUAUAUCCUGAGCCUCCUUGAGGACAACAGGUUCAGCCAGCUCUCUUAAGAUUCUGUGAUUGUCACCUCGAGAGAAGAGGACAAUUUCGGCCCCUCCCCUGCCUCGGCCUGGCCUCCUAACCAGUCUGUCAUCAUUUCACUCGGCUCUUUGUCCCUACCCCUAAAUAAAGCAAGCAGU